ACGAACACGCAGCAGUCGCCGAUCCUGAGAGAGAGAGAAAAGAGAAGCUCAAACCGAAUCCCCACCCGACCACCCAGAUGGCACCGCCGGCGACGUCCAUGGCCGAUAUACCGGAUGUGAUGCUCGAGGAAAUCUUCCUCCGCCUCACCGCUGCCGAAGACCUCGCCCGCGCCUCCACCACCUGCCCCUCCUUCCGCCGUGUCAUCGCCGACCACGCCUUCCUGCGCCGGUACCGCGCUCUCCACCCGCCGCCUCUCAUCGGCCUGCUCCAAGACACCUUCAGCCCAGCCCAGCCACCGCACCCCUCGGCCGUCGCCGCUCGCGCCUUCCUUGGCUUCGACUUCUCCUGCUCAUCCCUCCUCCCAUCCACCCCCGGCCAUACCUGGCGUCCAGUUGAUUUCUUUGACGGACGCGCCCUCCUCGCCGGCCCCGCGGACAAAGAAGACCGCCAAUUUUGGGUCAGGGACCUCGCUGUGUGCGACCCCAUUCACCACCGCUAUGUCCUGCUGCCCGCCGUUCCAGACGACCUGAAAGCGCUGGCACCUCAGCUGGACCUCCUCAAUCUGGAGGCCUUCCUUGCUCCUGGCCAGAAUGAGGACCCUUUAUCAUUCAGGGUGAUGUGCGUGGCGCAAUGCACAACCAAACUGCUCAUUCUUGUCUUCUACUCCUCUUUGGGUGGACAAGGACAGUGGCAUGCUCAUACAUUUGAUCAAUGGAGUGGUCAGGCUACAUCUGCUUCCGAUGGUUCAUUUAUCCACUCUCAUGGUGGGUUGUCCAAUCGUCAAUUCGUCCACGGAUGCUUCUAUUGGCAUUUGCAUUUUCGGAACGAGUUGCUUGUGCUGGACGUGCGUGCAAUGGAGUUGUCCGCCAUCGACCUCCCACCUGAACGAGGGACUAACAGUUUUGUCCUUGUUGAGCCAGCAGAAGGGAUGCUCGGAAUGCUCACUGAAGGCUAUGGCGAGGACAACGAUAGUGACCCAUUUUGGCUCACGUAUUCCAUUCUGAGAAAUAACCAAUGGCACUUUAACAAGGUCAUCCAAUUGCCAGUAAACGAUGCUGCUCUUGUUGGUGUAGCCGGGGGAUACCUGCUCCUAGAAGCGUUGUACACCACAACUGCACAAGAGGCGCUGAAAUUUGGAUGCUUUUCCGUGGACGUCAAGACAUUGCAGGUCGAGUUUUUCGCUGAGCUUAUAUGCUCGACUAUAUGCUGGUUUCCCACCAUCAUUGUGUGCACCAACUAUUUGAAGCGGGCGAGGAGCAGACACUCACUGAAGAUCCUCAUGUGGGCGAUGGAUCAGGCCAAUUCGUCGGUGAGGGUGACGACGCAGAGGUGGGCGGCGUUCAUCUCGUUCGACACCACUCCAUUGGCUCUGGCUAUGCGGGCAUGGACACUCCGAUUCCACGAGACGGUGCUAGCCCUUCUAGCGCCGGCGUCGGCUCUGGCCCCGAUUUGUGAUCCAGGACGGGCUGGUGGUGACUCGCAUGCCAGCGAUGGUGCCCCAGACCGCUCCACCUCGGCGUUCCACCCAACUGGCACCACCCCCAGCAACUCCGACCCCCCGCCACUCGGCGCAACUCAUGGGAAAUGAUGCAUGAAUUCUACGCUAGCCAGCAACCGCUUCUGGAUGCUGGCUAGCGAGGAUUCAGGUGACGAUUCUGACGGGGGGGGGGGGGGGGGGCGUUAGUGGCU